AUGCAAAACUUCAACCACCAAGGACAAGGCCCUCAAGGUCAAGGUUUUGCUGCUGGAAACUGGUUCCAGCGUCAAGGAGCUCCACAAAGAGCUCCUCAAGAGCACGAAGUCAUCGUGCUUGAUGAUGACAAUGAUGAUGUCGUGGCAAUUCCACCAGCCACUCCAGGAGCUCCACGUCAUCCUCAAGGGAUGCCAGCUCCCCACCCAUGGGAAGGAAUGCCAGGUUUCCGCCCUGAACAGGGCGUUCCGGGUGUCCACCCUGGACAUGGGGUCCCAGCUGCCCACGCUGGGUAUGGUAUGCCGGCUCCUCAUCCAGUCCAGGGCAUACCAGCUCCCCAAGUCGGCAUGCCUCAUCCACCAUUCGCCAUGCCACCGCCACAGGAAGGAGGAGCCGCCCGUCAAGAAGGUGGCCGUCCGGCCAACAGAGCCAAUCGCCCGGCCAACGAUGGACAAGGAGCCGACCGUCAAAGAGCAGGGCGUCGAGGAGGAAAAGCUCGUGGUGAGCGGGAAGAGCGGGCUGGUGCCCAAAGACAUCGGGCUGUCCCAUACCCAGGACGACAGCCAACACCACAGGAAGUGGCAGCUUUUGAGCAGCAACGGGCUCUCAUGGAAGCCCAGCACCGUCACCAUGUAAUGGCCUUCAACCAACGCCAGCAAAUGGCUCACUUUCAAGGAGCCCCAAUGCACCUUAUGCUCCAUCCUCGGGGAUUCCAAGGCCAAGAAGUCCCUCCGGUCCAAAUGCAAGCCCCACUGCUCCAUCGUGCUCUGAUUGGAGAGCCAGGAGUUGGACAGCAGCACCAGCACCCACAGCAGAUGCAACAGCAACACCAAAAUCAACACCAGCUGCAACAACACCAAAUGGGAGGCAACAUGCCGGCCAACUACCCACCACCACCAUCUCCCGCACUCUACCAACACCAACACCACCAUCAACAACAACAGCAACAACAACGGGAACAUGACUUCAUGGCACCAAACAAUCCAGCUCACCACUUCCCUCCACAAUCCCCUGCACCCCACAUCCAACUCCAGCAGCAUCAACAGCCACAUCAACGAAUUCAGGCAGUAAACGAGCCUGCUCACCAUUUCCCUCCACCAUCUCCAGCACAUCUCCAACUCCAGCAACAUCAGCAGCCACCUCACCACUUCCCUCCACAAUCCCCUGCACCUCACAUCCAACACCAGCAACAUCAACAGCCACACCAGCAGCAAAUGCAGGAGCCACCUCACCACUUCCCUCCACAAUCCCCUGCACCCCACGUCCAACUCCAGCAACAUCAACAGCCACACCAGCAGAAAAUGCAGGAGCCACUCCAUUUCAAACCUCAAGAUGCCUUCCCCCACCACCAAGAACAACAACCACAACAACCACCACCACAAAAUCAACCCAUUCACUUCCCACCUCAAGAUCUCUUCCCCCAUCAGCAACCACCACAACAACAACAUCUACAACCACAAAAUCAGGAGGAAGUGAUCCUAGAAGAAGCCCCAUAUCAUUUUCCAACACAAGAAGGCUUCAACCAUCACCACCAACAGCAACAACAACCACAGCAACCACAGGAGCAACCACUGGAGCCACAACCACAGCAAGAGAUUAUUGUAGAAGAAGGAGCAUUCUACAUGCAUCCACACGAACCACAUCACCAACAAGAUCCAGAGGCCUCCCAAAACCAACCAAUGCUCCCAUCACAAACGCCGUCCCCCGAACAGAAUGCCGUGAAGGAAUUGGAAACCAUCAAUCGAGAUCUCCAAGAGAGAUUGGGCCAGAGGGAGCAAAGAGUGGCUGAGCUGGAGAGGAAAAUCAAGCAUACUGAAGAGAAAGAGGAGAUAAGGAAGGUCGCGGAUGGCUUCAAAAAGGAGGAAAUGGAAUUGAAAGAUGCUGAAAUCGCUCGCCUGACCAGACAAGUCGAAAUGCUUCAAGGAGAGCUCCAAGUCGCCCUCUCCGUUCGCCUGCCCUCCAAAAUCGACCAGGAGACCCAGUCCAAACCCACUCAGGCCACCCACUCCGCGCAAACCUCACCACCACCGUCUCCGCCAGUCAUCCCGAGAACGAUGCCCUCCACAUCGGACCCAUCCACGUCUUCUGCUCCGCCACCUCUCCAGAUUAAGAAAGAGGAGGACGACGUCAAGGAGGACGACGUCAAGGAAGUCGGCGUGGUUCUCGCGCCAAUGGCCCGGCGGCGUGUGGAGGCCCAUCCGGAAGCUGUGGCGGUAUGGAGGGAGAAGUUUGAGGGGUGGCAACAUCCAGGACUGGCCAUUGGAGAGGAGCUCGAUCUCGCCUGCUACUUCUUCCGGCCGGCGGAUCAGGAGUCACCAGUGCCGCAGGUGGUGAAGAGGGCGGCCAAUCCCAAGAGCCUCUACCAAAACCAACACCCGGUUGGGGCUAACAAUGCCCCAUGGUCCGUUCUCGGGAGGGAGGAGAAGGAUAAGUGGCGAGCAAUCUGGGAUCAAGUGCGAGCCGAGCAAGAUCGCCAGGCGGAGGAGGGAUUGGUAAUGUAUAAAAGUGGAGAGAAGAAAGAGAAGGGCAAGAAGGAACUGGUAUGGAUCAAGCAGGAGCUGGUAUAA